AUGGGCUGCAGCCAAUCUUCGGGCAGAAAAGAGGUCAAUACUAACUUUGGUGCAACAGGAUUGCACGUGGGGCGUGACGGUGAUGUCGACCUGACAUCCCGCUCGUUAGACAUUCUCCUUCCCAAGUACAUUGAUCUCAUUCGACGUGAUAAGUUGCAUACUGCGCGACGGCUGCACCUGUCGGAGAAUAGGCUGUAUAACCUCGGUAAGGAAUUGACACUGCUGCCGGACAUUGAGGAGCUGUACAUCGACGGCAAUCGCUUUGACCGAGUGCCAGCGGUGCUGGGCUCGAUGGAGAACUUACGUCUGAUCAACGCCAGCAUGAACCCGUUGGGACAACAAGCCCGUGCCUUAGAUGUGCUCCCGCGCAUGGAGAAGUUGACAAGUGUCAUAUUGCGUGAUUGCUCGUUAAGCGUCAUUCCGGAAUCUCUUCUGCGCUGCCCCUUCCUAAAGGAGCUGGACCUCUCGCAUAACCUCAACAUGCAGUUCGCUGGGGUGGAGUUUUCAGCCUUGCCAUCACUCCAGAUUUUGCGCAUCGCCAACUGCGGCAUACGAGGGGAAAUUCCCACUGGCGUCAGGGGAAUCACGACGCUGGUGACGCUUGACAUAUCGGGAAACUUCUUCAACUUUGAUGACUUGGAUUUCUUUGGGCCCCACCUUCCACUCACUCUUACGGAGUUGCACCUGCGGGGGAUGCAUCUCGUGGCUGUCCCGCAAGUUGUUGUGCAGCUACGCAAACUCUCCUACCUUGACCUUGCGGAGAACGCAUUAGAGACGUUGGAUGUUCUUGCGGGUCGACUAGUAAGGAAAUUAGGCCCGUCUAGUGCCUUUUUCGGCACUGCGCCCAACGUCGUGACGGAGGCAAACGAAGACAAUGUUAGCGUCGUCUCUCAUGGAAGCACACGCAUAGGUAUGAGUCAACUCAGCCGUGCUGGUCGUAUUGCCAACGUUCCUCAGCCCAUUCCGCUGAAGAGGCUUUCUCUUCGAGCGUGUGAUCUCCGCACUCUACCCAAAUACUUUCACAAGCUGACCAACUUAGUUGACAUUGACCUGAGUGAGAAUGAGCAGCUUAAUGAUCCUAACAUGACACUCUUUUCGCUCAGCAAUCUGCAGGUAGUUAACAUUGUAGGGUGCCCCUUUGCUGAGAACCGGAACCUUGCGCAUAACGAAUGGUUCGAUAUCGCGCAUCUCUACAAGCUGCACACAAUCAACUGGGAGGUCUGGAAAGGGGUACACAACAUGAAUCCAUACCGGACGAAAGUCCCUUUUGAGAUAUGCGGAUUGCAAUUGCAGUACAUCAACGGGAUUAAGCUCCGCCCCAAGCUUUUUGUUGGCGACGCCGUCCAGACCAUCAUCAACCUGCUGGUCGAUGGAUACCUCAAGGUGGAUCUGGCAUUGGACGAUGGGUUAGUAUACAGCUACGCCGAGGCCACGCGUGCACUGAACCAGCUGGAGUCCUUCUUCUUUGAUUCAUCGAAGGACGAUGAGAAGCACGUCACUGGGAAUACGCAGCGGGGGCGGCCAAAAAUGGGAGGCAACACGCAUUUUGGAAACGGGAAGCGGUCCCCUUUGCCGUCGUCGUUGCCGAAUAAAAAAGUUCGCCGUGAUGCCCUCCAAAUAGCCAUCAGCCGUUACAUCUUCUUCCUCACGAUGCAAGCGGCGAACUACGACGCCGUCAUUGUGCCGCCGGCAGAUGUCAUGGCCAUUCACUACGCUCAGAUGACACAGGAUCCUAUUAGUUACCGCAAAGACUGCGAGGCGAUAUGUGGGCAGGUGCUCAAUUGCAACUACAAUCUUUUUUUUCUCGAGCAGAAGAUGCGGCCACAGGCGGUGAAGGAGGCCCUGGUGGGUAGCAGGCGGGUGUGGAAUAUGAUAGUGCACACAACCCAAAAGGACCUUUUUUGGUUGCGCUACGAGUUUUGGGAACGCCGCGAAAGGGAUUUCCUCGAAAAAUCGUCUUCGCCGCAGAAUGACAAGACGAACCGGAAUGUGGAGAACAGGAAUGCCUUCGCUGCUGACGACGCGAAGGCGCCAACAACACCACCAUCAUCACCAUCACCAAAAACACCAUCACCAAAAACGCCACCAACAGCCUUUGCCGCUGUUAAGGUGCCAUGUGCACCACCGUAUAACGGCGCGGACCUUGGCAACCUUUCCAACGUGGACGCUGUGGGGGAUCUUUGCUCCGUGCUGGACUUUUCCAUCACGGCGCACUUCACCGAGCAGGGCACGGAUCGCUUUGUGGCCUCCCUGGUUAGAUUUUUCUCCGUGAACAAACGUUUUCUAGACUGUGCGGAGUCCAUCGCAGGGCAGCACCUGGACUGGACGCGAUAUGUCAAGUAUCUUGCGCUUUAUGCCCAGAUUCAACGACUUAAGCAACCGAAGCAGCAAGAAAAACGUGUCAGCCAGCUAGAGAUGGCGUCCGGGAACAAUUCUUUUGUGUCGCCGGAUGCGUAUUUACCGCAGCCGAUGGUCACAGAGGAAUUACUUCCAAAGGUGCCUCAACGGCAGCUGACAAGGCUGGGCCUUCGAGCUGGAUUGGCCUACGCGCGCGCCAAUAGCGUCGGCACUAGCCAACGCGGAAGCAUAGAGCAAUCGCGGAAUGAUUCGCCGGUAACCGGACGGAACAGUGAUGCUGGAGGACGCCGUUUGCAGCAAGGCAUGCCGAUGUCCGAGCCAGUACCAACGAUUGGCAUUUCAUUGCUGCUUUACAGCCAUCGCACUCUACAUGCAAAGUACUAUCAGGCAUUGGCGCUCCUGGGCAUUGAAACCAUUGACAUUGACUGGGAUGAAACGUACGACGCGGUGGAGGCGACCAUGCGAGCAUGGAUGCUGCUCUAUGAUGAGCUCUAUGUAAAGGAUGCCGAGGGUGCGUUUUGUCUUGGUGACGGGUUAAAUUGCUUUCAUGGAAACGAUGACAAGAAGGAAACCUCUCAGAGUGAACCAAGAACUGCUAUAAGGCGCCCCGGGUCGAAGCGUGUCAGUCGUUUACUUAGGCGCACCAUCCUUUGCAGCGCCGGUGGUGAGCAUGUCAUUUUUUGA